CUCAUUCCCCAACCCCCUAAUCAUUCACGAACAAGAGGAGAGGAGAGGAGACCACGUCCUGCGCCUUUGCAGUGGUUGGCCGCCACCAACUCCAAGAAGAGCUCGCGGGAGGCAGCAUCCAGCAGCCAUGGCGGCCACCAACCCACGACCAGGUGCCACGGCCACUUCCUACUAAACCCUCCUCCAGCCGCGCGCCGCCCUCACCGGCGAUCAAGAAACACACACGUACGUACUCACCGUCGCCGGCGAUCGACGAUGAUGGUGAUGGGCUACUUCCGGUCAAGCAAGGCCGCCGCGACGUCGCCGACGGCCAAGAAGAAGGCGAAGAGGGACGACGCGGGCCUCCGGGAGUCGCUGCUGGAGCAGCCGGCGGCGGCCGCGGCGGAGGGCGGCGUGCCCAAGGGCUACUUCGCGGUGUACGCCGGGGAGGAGUCCCGGCGGUUCGUCGUGCCCACGGGGUACCUCCAGGAGCCGGCGUUCCGGGACCUCAUGGAGCGCGCCGCCGACGAGUUCGGCUUCGCGCAGGCCGGCGGCCUCCGCGUGCCGUGCGCCGAGGAGGACUUCGAGGACCUCCUCCGCCGCCUCCAGCGCAAGAACGGCGCCGCCGGCGGCAAGGGCAAGAAGGCCGCCAUCCGGUAGACGUGAGGAGAUCGAAGGCCUAGUAGCUAGGUUUCUUCUUGUACAAUUUGCUUGACGUGUAGAUGAUGAGAUGAGCUCAGCUCAGUUCAGUUGAGGGUGAAGUUCGUGUACAGACUACAGAGUGCAAGCAAGCAGCCACAUGCAUGCAAGCGUAGCAUAGGUGAAUGCAUGGUGUGUUGAUUGUUCCGUGAAACGUGGAUUAUAUAGAAAAUUCCUGGGAAUUAAGCUUUUUAAUGUUUAAAGCUUGUAAGAUUUGAGACAAAUUUCUACGUCCAAACAGGCCGUAGGAGACUUUUUGUUUUGUUGAUCAAGGAUAAACAUUUAGUAA